ACACAAAACACACAAAAAAAAACAAAAAAAAAAACCCUUUCAAGAACAUAUAAAUUUAAUAUUUCCAUUAAAAAAAAAGGAAUGGAUCUUGGGUUAAUACAAGAUCUGCCCAUCUUGAAGUUCCCACCAGCCAUCAAGAUCCGAUCCAACACCAACAUAGAUGAUGAUGACUGCGGCGGCUGCACCACUCCCACUUCCUCCGACCACAAGAUUCCUCCCACCAUCGCAACUACUCCUCCUCCUCCGCCGCACAAACCCCGUCCACCUUCUACGCCUUCGUCUCUCCGCGUCAGAUCUUGCAAGAGGAAGCUUAUGACGUCACUACCCAAGUACGAGAUCAUCGUCAACAAAGAUGAGAUCGAGCGCUUCUUUACCUCCGUUUACAACCAGACAAUGACGUCAUCCACCACCACCACCACGGUGGCCACGCGGCGGAGAAGUUUCCGUUCUUGUUCACGAAGAUGAUCAAUAAUUGAGAAAUCUCUCAUUAAAGGUUCCAUAAUUUCGAAUAGCUUUUUUUCGAAUUUUAUUUAUUUUUAUGUAAUGUUUUUUUUUUAUGAUCAACUUUACACGUCGACCCACUCUAUAAAUAUACAUGUGCGAUCGAUUGAUGGAAUCUUUUUUUUCUUUUACUAAAUUGUGCUUAGCUGUUUUGAAAACGAAUGAACCCAUUUUUCAGUAA